UGAGCUGCACAGUUGGUGCGUCGUUUUAGGCUCGGUGGUUUCCGGAUGCUUGAAGCACGGCUUGUCCGUGGGACAGCUGCUCCUCGGUGUUAUCUCUCUGGCUUGUGUUGCAUCCAGAGUUUGCCACAGUUCUGGGAUGAGGGAGGAUGGUGUGUGGGGGUGAGUGCUAGCGCCUUGUGUGCGACAGUAUCAUGUGUCGUCGUUGGCGGCGGCGGCGGGGAGGGCGGCGAGGCAAUGGGGCUUAGAUGUGGGAGGUUCUGAUCCACGCCUCGCUUUGUUGCUUCAGAUUCCUGUGAGAAGGGAAGCGAGCUCACUGAUUUAGUGCUGAGUCGCCGACAGUGAUGGAAGUGUGCCUGCACGAGACUUACUCGGUUUCGUAGAUUAGAAGUCAUGGGACAGGAGUACGUUACCAGCGAUUACUACCUCAAACCAGUGCAGUCUAACGAUGAAGAUUCCAAUCUUCCCCAAUUCGAGUUUCCGGUCGGUGACUGCGGCGAUGUAGACAUUUCCGUGUUGACGGUGCAAGGGUCGAAAUCUGCACAGGUCGAAAAUGGUAAUGGGAAUCACUUAUCGGUCCCAGAGCAUUCCGUUGAGUCGCCCCAAGUUCGCGGCUUAGAGCGAGUACACUCACUGCUAGAUCGCGUGACUGCACGACUCUCGGAAGAUCCUAUUCAACGGGAGGUUAGUAAGCACGUCGUGACAGAAGACUCGAGGCCAAGCAAUGGCGUGCCCCAACCACCGGCAGCACCAGUUCGGAAGACGCUCCAGUCGAACCCCUCCUUCAAAAGCCUGGUCACGCUACUGGAUGAGCCUCUCAAAUUCAAACUAUCGAACACCGAUGUCCACAAGAACUCGAAUGGGAAGGAAGCUGAUAGAGUGCAGUCCGUGGCUGGUGAAGGAAAAGUGUCUGCAACGCCAUUAUCUAGGACCAGCUCGAGGUUGCAAAGCAUCAUGUCUAGGGUGUCAUCCAGAACUUCGCAAGCUGAAGUAGCGAAGACAUCUGAUCAACCCAAGCCAGCUACGAGCACCGUAAGCGUGAAUGCUCUUGUUGAGAAAUUUUCAAAUGGCAUCAGGAGUAGAGUCCGAGAUGAGGCGCCUCAAGCUCUUUCGCCGAAUCCGAGUACCGGUAGUCUCAUCAGCCCUAAACGGACCCUGGCGGAUCGCUUCACAUCCCCCGUCCCUCGCCAUUUGCUAGAGAAUGGUAACUCCCCUCGCAGCCCCAUCACUCCACCAAAGACUGCCUUAAGUCCGCGACUGUCCAGCGCUUCGGCGCGAUCCGUAUCGCCCGUGGCACCGACCUGGAAGGAUUCGAUUUACGGUGAUAUGCCCAAAGAGAAACGGCCUAACUUUGCGAACCCUGCAUCAUCAACGCCAUUGCCGCGAUUCCUGACCCCCACUAAAGCUGCGACGUUGAAAGCUGUAAAGCCGCCUGUGACGCCGACAAGCAAUCCCUCGAAAGCACUGCAGUUUACAACAGCGUUUGGUACCACGACGCCUGUGAAGACUGAAUCUGCGAGGAAAGCUCCGAGGGAUACGCCCUCCAAGGUAGACCACGCCAAGUGUUAUACUGAGCCAGCGGGGUUCAAGUUCAAAACAGAUGAGCGAGCGGAAAGGCGGAAGGAUUUUUACAGCAAACUCGAAGAGCGCAUGAAACUGAAGGACGCCGAGAAAAAACAGCAGGAGGCCAAAGCGCAAGAGGAGAAGGAGGCUCAAUUGCGGGAGCUAAGGAAGAAGCUGACCUACAAAGCGAAUCCGGUGCCACAAUUCUACCAAGAGCCUGCCCCUGCUCAACCCAGGAUUCGUAAGAUAGCACCCACUAGGCCGAAAUCGCCAAAUUUUACUUCCCACCGACGGCGAGAAAGUUGCCCCGCGAGUAACACAAGUGAGUUGUCGACUGGAAGCAAGAGUCCAAUGCAAAGUGCCCGGUUGAUGCGAUGUGUUUCUUUUGAGAACUCCGGUCCCAUGAGUUACAAAUCUUCUCCCAAGGCCAAGCUUCCUUUCAGACCAAUCUAGGGUGCUGCUCCUCUCGAUCAAAACUUGUCAGGGAAUUUUUCGCCGGAAACAUUUCCGGCCUAAUGGUCACAUUCUGGGAAAUUGGGUCCUGCGUUUGCGAAGCAGGUUAAUUUGUUCCUUGCAAGGAGGUUUUGGAUUGUAGCCUUGAUCAUAACUGCGCAAGUAGCAAGAAGUAUUCGGCCACAUCGACACUGGAGAACUGACACCCUCUGUUGUGUUUGUCUGGUCACAUUUCGAUCAAUUUCUGCCUCGUUCACUUGGAGCUUCCUUCGCUGAAUGUGGAUCGGAAUGACUCAUGCUUUUUUCUCUGCUCUACCUCGAAAAAAAUAAAAAAUAAAAAAAUCAUAACAUAUCAGGAGUCUGCUCGUGUGGUAUCACGGCAAAACCUGUCUACCUUAAACCCUCCGACUUGUGGGUUUCAAUCGCGACGCAUAUUCUCUUUCUGGCAAUUCAAGUUGGAGGAUUGCAAGGAUCUCUAUCGAUCAUCCCAUGAAUUACGACAGGGGGGUUGUGAGUAGACGAUAGCCCUGGAACUUAAUCUUCUGACAUGCUCAUCAAGCAUGAGUUGGCUUCAGGUUUGGUGCUCACUUUUCCAUGCGUUUUCCAGUCACGCAGUUCUGGCUACUAGGAUCUGGACCUCAGUCAAUCAGAGAGUUGCCUGACAUGAUCAAUGAAAAUUUGAAAUUACUUGUAUUCUGUAGCAGUUUUGAGGUAUCUGUUUUGUAUCGCUUGAAGUAUGCUCCCCAGUGUUCUACUGAACUUACUUGCAAUCGAAGUUGCUCGUAAACAAAUGAGCGUUACAUGUUUUUGAAGCUAA